UGUCCACCACCACUAAUUGAAGAGAUGCCCUAAGAGGUGCUUGUUUUAGUUUUCAACUGGUAAUCUUAGCUGGCUGCUCACACUUCACCAAGAUUUACUUUUGAUCUGCUCACUUAGACCAUCUUUGAUUGGUCUAAGUGAGAUUCUGUUAAGACGUUGGUUUUCUAUCUAAAUUAGAAAUAAGUAGAACAUAUGGCAUCAUCAGCUAUGAUUGAUGAAUCAAAAACAAGGAUAACAUCAAGAUCGUCAUUAAUUGAUUCAAUAGGAUGUGGUUUAAAUGGAGUUAGUGUAAUUGAUGAAGAAGAACUAAAACGCAAGAUUUUGAUUCCUAAAUAUCUUAGAGUUGCUAUGUGUGAAGCUAUUCAAACCAAAAAUCCUAAUGUUGGGUUUCAAGAAAAUGCUGCUGCUGAUGAUGAUAAAAAUGAAGUUCCUGAAGCACCUAUGGUUGUUUUUGUCAACUCUAAAAGUGGUGGAAGAAAAGGUUCUGCUCUUCAACAAAUACUUCAAGAAUUUAUCAGCAAAGAACAGGUUUUUGAUCUCUCGGUUGUUAAGCCUCAUGAAUUUGUCCAUUAUGGAUUGGCCUGCCUGGAGAACUUAGCUAGUUGCGGUGACCUCAAUGCAAAAGAGACUCGUGAGAAGUUGAGGAUCAUAGUUGCAGGAGGCGACGGGACGGUGGGUUGGGUACUAGGGAAUCUUACAGAACUCUUAAAACAGAACAGGGAGCCAGUUCCUCCUACAGGAAUUAUUCCCCUUGGUACGGGCAAUGACCUUUCGAGGACUUUUAACUGGGGUGGUUCUUUUCCUUUUCCAUGGAAGUCAACCAUCAAGAGAACCCUGAAUGAAGCUAUUACGGCUCCCAUUAGCCGUCUUGAUAGUUGGAAUGUCGUUGUCACAAUGCCAGCUGGAGAUACUUUAGAGCUUCCUCAUUGUUUGAGGUAUACAGAAGAUUAUACUCAUAGUCAGGAUAUGGACGGGUUGCCCGAAAAGACUUCUAGUUUUGAGGGUGUGUUUUAUAAUUACUUCAGUGUAGGAAUGGAUGCCCAAGUUGCUUAUGGAUUCCACAGUUUACGCAAUCAGAAUCCUUACUUGGCACAAGGACCGGUAGCAAAUAAGAUAAUUUACUCCUCGUACAGUUGCACCCAGGGGUGGUUCUGCACCCCUUGUAUGAGUACCCCGAAUUUAAGGGGACUUAAAAACAUCGUAAGGCUGUAUAUAAAAAAGGUGAAUUGCUCAGACUGGGAGCAGGUCCGAGUUCCUUCAAGUGUUAGGUCCAUUGUUUGUUUGAAUCUUCAUAACUAUGGAGGUGGAAGGAAUCCAUGGGGUAAUCUGAAACCCCAGUAUCUCGAAAAGAGAGGGUUCGUUGAGGCUCAUGCUGAUGACGGACUUCUAGAAAUAUUUGGUUUAAAGGAAGGUUGGCAUGCAUCAUUUGUUAUGGUUGAACUUAUCUCUGCCAAGCACAUUGCCCAGGCAGCAGCUAUUAGAAUGGAAGUGAGGGGUGGAGAUUGGAAGAAAGGCUACAUGCAAAUGGAUGGGGAGCCAUGGAAGCAGCCCAUGCACAAGGAAUAUUCAACAUUUGUUGAUAUUGCAAGGGCUCCAUUUCAGUCGCGGAUGAUAACACGUGAGUAAAUUGCUGUAGAUUGUCAGCAACUCAGAUCAGUGUAUCACUGGAGUACUAAAGAACAGUACAUUUUAGAGAUUGGUUUGGAUUCUUUGUAUAGCAUAAAUAUUACCCCAAUCAACCUAGCGGUUGUAAUUUGUUUCGCUUGUAUUCUGCAUGACCCUGACGUUACUAGUUAAUGAAGAAACAUUUGUGGACUUGAG